AUGGAUCAGACAAUUGAAUGCACAAUAAACAAGAUGGGAAAAGGUCAUGGUGGUCUCUCUGGAAGAUUUAGUCCACAACUGAUAGACAUCUGGAGCAAAUCAUUUGCUUUUCGAUCAUUAUUGACUUCAAUAGCAAGUGAGUUAGCUGGCUAUGAAACAAGUAGUAACAGUAUUGAUUCGUAUGUCGAAUGCAGCCCGACGAGAGCACAAUCAGAUGAAGAAGAUUUGUCUUUAAUCUUAUCAAAAUUAAAAUAUGAAAAAUUAUAUACAAGUGAAAAUGAUCAUGUAACACAAUUAUUUACUGGAAAAUUAAUUCAUAAUGAUAUCAUUAAUGGUAUUCUUGGAUCUAAAACACGUGGUUUAGAAGCAUUACAAAAUUAUAUUAGUGUACGUUUAGUGAACAAAACAGUACUGAUUUCAGAACCAUUAAAAGCCAUGCCACUUUUACGAUUAAGUGAUAAUGAUGAUUACGAUCCAGGUAUGUUAUUUGUUUAUAUCUGA